UAUUGUUUUUAUGAAUUUCGGAUAACGGUUUUGUUGUUCGCUCGAUUUCGGGAAUUCGGGAUUGCAUAUUUCCAAUUUGCUUUCAGCAGUGAGUCAUUUCGUAUUUUCCCUUCAGAGAUACAGACUUAUGGUUUACGUUUAUAGCAGUCGGAACUCGGAAGUACGGUUCACUAAAGUUGACAAAAUACGAUUUACAAUUAACAUACGCGAUUACGUUAAUAGUGCCAUCAGUUAAUAGUUUAGUUAUUACUACAUUUUUGUCGGGUUUUACUUUCCCGUUAACCCUCAAUUUUAAACACCUAUUGUUUGAAAAUUAUUUAAUUUAAUUAUCAUGGCUAACCUAUCAAUGGCUCUGGAAAAGAAAAAAUCAAACCGUCGCUGCAAAUUAUCCAUUGGAGAUGAAGAAAAUUUUGAACCUCCUAUACAGUCGUCAACUCCAUCUAAAAUACCUAAAAGAAAUUCAAAAAGAAUUCUCAAGGAUAAUAAUUCAUUAAACAUAAGUGUCAUUAAUAAACAUUGCCAAAACAAAACAAUAAAUGAAGAAAAUUAUUGCCAAAAUUACAAAUAUACACUACCUGUUGUAGAAGAAAAUGUUAAGCAUGGUCGAGUCGCAGAACUUUUUUACAGUGAUCCAGAAGAUGAACCUACUGAAACUGAAAAUUUAACUGUCACUACUACAAAUGAUUCUGAUGAUAAAUGGACCACAUUUUCCGAUAUUUCAGAAGAUAAAAGUUGUAAUAAUGUUAYAGAUUUAUUAGCUGAAAUUGAAGCUGAUGUAGAAGUUAGAUUUAAAAAACCACCAAGAAGAUCAUAUCCCGGAAGAAAAAGAAACAAUAUAAGUUUGUUUGAAGAGAAAGAAGAAGAAGAAAUAGACUUACAAAUUAAAAAAAAAUGUAGAAAACAUAAACCAAAGAAAAAAGAUGAUCCACAAGAAGAAGCAUUUGUCCAAUCAAUGAAUGAACAUUUUGGAGAUAUAGAAUCAUUUAGUUUAGCAGUGGAAUAGUAUAAAUUUACUAAAUAAUUGUCACAGAUAUUAUAAAAAUUAAUAAAUGUUUUGAAGAGGAACUUAAUGGCACAUUUUUUUACAAUAAACAUUAAUUAGUUGCUUCUUAUUGAUUAAAGUUAAUCUUAAACCUAAUAAAUAAUUUAAGAAAGUUAUAAUAUUGGUUUUAGUAUAAAUGUUUAGAAAAAAGUGUUCCGCAUAAAACAUUAUAUUAUGUUAAUAAUAAUAAUUUACAAUCAAUUUUUUUGGAUAAUCUAUAAAUUAAGACUAUGUAUGMGAUUAUUUACUUCGUUUUCUGUUUCAUUUAUUCAAUUAGUUUUGUUUAGUAUCUCCUUCAUUAAAAUAACCAUGUCUUUUUUAUUAUUAUUGGUUUAAUUUAAAAUCUGUGAAGUGCCACAAAUUACUGAAAACAUUUACUGAAUCUACUAUGUUGUCUAUAUUGUAAUAUAUUGAUGUUAAGAAUUGAAGUCUUGGGUGCCACAAUCAGACAUUUCUAAUUUCUACGAUUUUUCAGGAGGAAGUAAAAACUAUUUUAAAAAUUAACAUAAAGUUAAUUCUGAUGUUUAUAACUGAAACUAUUAACUAACAAUUAAACAUUCAAUUUCCGUAACUAAAAUUAAAAAAGGAAAAAAAGUUAAUUUUGAUUGUCGCACCACAAAAUUUAAAACUUAAAAUUU